AUGGUUUUCGAUGCUAGCUUGGGCUACGAUCCAGACGAGUGGGAAGAAUGCCCUGUCAAGGAGCACUUUAUGGUAUUCUCGUUCUUCACACGUCUCUUGCUCAGUUCGGCUGCUAUCGCGUUUGUUGUUUUAUUCUUUCACUUGAUAGAAAAUAACAAGACGAAGGAGGAGAAGAAAGAGAAAAAGAAUGAUCCUGGUCGAGAUAACGUUGACAAUGUGGAACAUCCAUACCAAAAGUUGAAAAAGGUUCCCGUCAUUAAUAAAAAAUCAAUUUCUCGAAAGUUGAAUAUGAUUUCAGUUCGCAAAAAUAGAAGCAGAAGAAAUAGCGGAAGUCGAGCACCACGUGAGACGCAGCGCCGAUGA